UUACUCAAAGGCAGAAACUAGCACAGAACACAAGACCUGCCACCCAUAAAAUAUACAACAUUCUGUGUAGAGUACUUUAAGAAAUCAAAGCUGACAUUAUCUUAAUUCAGAAACGUCUGAAUUCUGGCUCUGGAUAGCCUCAGGACACCACUGGUCUGUAUGCUGACAAAAAUACUACAGACAUCCAGAAAAAGAGUCGAUGGAUGAUCCAGUGCUGGACUCAUCUGCUCAGGCAGAACAUGGCUUACUUCUGCUCAGGCAGCUAGAGAGGAUGAGGGCAGCUGAGGAGCUCACUGAUGUGGUGCUUCUGGCAGAGGGGAUCCCCUUUGCUUGCCACAAGGUGGUGCUGUCUGCUUUCAGCCCGUACUUCCAGGCCAUGUUUACAUGUGGGCUGAAGGAGACCCAGGGAGGAGAAGUACCUCUUAAGGACACACCUGCUGAGAGCCUGGAGCUGCUACUGAACUACAUGUACAGAGCUGAACUCCCCCUUUGCAACGACAACAUCCAGGGAGUGGCUGCUGCUGCCUUCCUGCUCCAUGUAGAUGGAGCCUUCAGUCACAUGGAGGCCUGUAUGGACCCUUCCAACUGUGUCGGUCUGUACCACUGGGCCAGAGACCUAGGGGCCGCAAGUCUGGCUGACUGUGCCUUGAGAUACCUCUGCCAACACUUUUCACAGGCUUGUGAGGAAGAAGAAGUGCUGGAGCUGGAUGCCCAAAGACUUGGGGAUCUGCUGGGUUCAGAUGACCUCAACAUAUCGCAGGAGGAGGUUGUGCUGGAGUUGGUGCUGCGUUGGGUGGAGAGGCGAAGGGGGGACUCCCAAAGCGAAGCCCAGGCUGUGGAGUUACUCAGGCGUGUCCGGCUGGAACUUGUGGACCCUGGAUUCCUCCGUAAAGCCAGGAGGAGAAACCCGGUGCUGCUAAGGGAUGCUGAGUGCUUUGGAAUGAUUGACGCUGCUCUCCAGACCUCAGGUCUCUGUGAGAUGUCAGCUCCACCUCGGCCGGCCCUUCGUUACGGCAUGGAGACCACCGACCUGCUGCUCUGCUUGGGUGGGGUGAAUAAGGAGGGGGUGCCUGCCCGCCGUGGAGGACUUGCUGACCUUAGUUUUUGCUUUGCCCCCCAUGGUAGAAGGACUUACUACAUCCCCUCUCCACUGAGGGGCUGUGGAGGUAUGGGGCAGAUCACAGCUGGGGUAGUGACACGAGACAACAACAUAGUGGUGGCCAUAGAGGCAGAAGACCAACACAGGAUGAAGAGGGUGGAUAUCUACAGGUACGAUAAUUCGGAAGAGAACAGCUGGUUGGAGCUGUGCUCCACAGUAUACAGGGACAUGUAUGCUUUAGGGCUGUUAGGUGAUGCCCUGUAUAUGAUAGGAGGUCAGAUGAAAUUGCGUAAUCACUACAUUAUCACAGACAGUGUGGAGAGAUGGUCGCUGAAGAGAGGAGGCAGCUGGCUCAGCUUUGCCCCUCUGCCUCUCCCCUUAGCCUGCCACUGCACCGUCAGCCUGAAGGAGCAUCUCUAUGUGCUGGGGGGCUGGACGCCACAGCACCAGCCAGAUGAUGAGCCUGACAAGCUGAGUAACCGUGUGUUUCAGUUUGACCCCGGCAAGGACAGGUGGACUGAGCGUGCCAGGAUGAAGUACUCCAGGUACCGCUGCGGCACAGCUGUCCUCAAUGGAGAAAUCUACAUACUAGGUGGUAUAGGUUGUGAUGGAGAGGAUCAUGGACAAUCACGUCGCUGUCUGAGCUCUGUGGAGAUCUAUAAUCCAGACACAGACACCUGGAGGGCGGGGCCGACCCUGCCCACUUCUUUACUCACGCUCCGAACCAACGCCUCCAACAUAGGAGCAGUGGAGGGCAAGCUCUACCUCUGUGGAUACUACAAGGGGGCCGGCCGUCAUGAGAUCAUCACCAAGGAGAUUUUGCAAAUGGACCCUGCAGACAAUGUGUGGACAGUGGUGGAAAGACGAGCAGCCGUGCACGACAGCUAUGACGUCUGUCUGGUGGCUAACCUCAAUCCUCGAGACCUCUUCACACCCUAAUUCAUCUCCUCCUGACUGGCAUGACUCCUGGACUUCACAUGUAUCAACAGCAAGGUCAAGAUACAUGUCAAAUCUGGAUAACUUCCCAAAAAAAGGCAAUAUUCUGUGUUCUUUUAAACUCUGCAAAUUUAAAAUAUCUGCAAAGCUUUUUACUUUUUAAAUGUAUAAUGUUUCUAAAGUGUAACCAUCAAAAGAGCCUCAUACCUAAACAUCAAAAUUGUGUUAGUUUCUUCGUGAAAGACCCAUGUGACCUUUACUAAACUAUUCAUAUGAACGUUUUCUAAUCUUCCACAGCUAUGGUUAAGGUUUGGUUUAGUUUAGGGAAUUUAAACUACUGGAAUAAGAGUAGAGAAAAAUUGUGGUCGGUGUUGUCUGUUGGUAGGAGACAGGAUGCAAACUGCAGCAUCUGGUGGCAUGCACUUCCUCCCCCCUGCUUCUAACAGAUAACAGUAAUGUAUCACAUUACCACAAGAGGUUGGUUGUCACAAAAAAUAUUUGGCGUUUUAAAGGUAUAGUUUUUCAUAUGGAGAAAAUUUGCUUAUUUGCAUUCUUAGAGAGUCAGAUGAGAAGAAUGUUAUCAAUCCCACGUGUAGAGAGUGGUGUUGAUCUUCUCAUCUAACCCUUAGUAAGAACA